GAGGAAAUGGGCUGUAGUGCUUUCUGCCAAACCACCCCCAGCUGCUCCACCAUGGCCUCCUUGAGUGCUCCCAGCCCAGCUGGUGGUACAGCCAGUCUGUAGUGCUUGGGAGGAGGCAGAGAGCCCAGCCCAAACUACCAGAGGGGACAGCUCUGACUGCUAUGGUGUAAGUGCUCUGGAAGAGAGGAGGAGAGGAACAAGGCAGGGCAGAAGGGGUGCCCAGCCUCCCUGUGUGAGAGAGCUGCUUUGUGUCCAGUCAGCCCAGGACAACGUAGCCCCAUCUUCCACAGGGGCCAGGUGCCCCAAGCAGCUGUGAGGGCUGCAGGCAUCCAUUUCCUCAUUGAGGGGCAGGUACCCUGCAGUGAUGGCCAGGCUGCUGGCCAGGACCUGCUGCUUCAAAGCUCUUUCUCAGGCUCCCAGAUGCCCCUCUGGGCUGGUGGCUGCCAGACCCUGGAGCCAUGGGCCUAUCACUGCCUACAUGCCUGAAGCCAUCACCUUCCCCAGAUCCAAGGACCACCAAGAUUUGUACAAGGUGUCAGUGGAGCAGAGUGACAUCUUUUGGGGAGCUCUAGGAAGGAGCCGGCUCACCUGGAUCACCCCUUUCCACUCUGUCCAGGACUGCGACUUGUGCCAGGGCAGAAUCUCCUGGUUCCUGGGUGGGCAGCUGAAUGUGACAGUGAAUUGUCUGGACCGUCACGUCCAUGUAGCCCCAGACAAAGUGGCCUUAAUCUGGGAGAGGGAUGAACCUGGAGAGGAGGUACGGGUGACAUACAGGGAGCUGCUGGAGCUGACGUGCCGCCUGGGAAAUACCUUGAAACGGCAAGGGGUGAAGCAGGGUGACAGGGUGACAAUCUACAUGCCCCCGUGCCCACUGGCAGUGGCUAGCAUGCUGGCCUGUGCCCGCAUCGGGGCCGUGCACGCUGUGGUGUUUGCUGGCUUCAGUGCAGAGUCUCUCGCCGACAGGAUCCAGGAUGCCCAGUCGGAGACGGUGAUUACAGUGAACCAGGGGCUAAGAGGUGGCAAGAUUAUUGAGCUAAAAAAGACAGUGGACCAAGCUGUGAAGAAGUGCCCUGGAGUGAAACGGGUUCUGGUUUCCAUGAGGACCACCAGCAAGGUUCCCAUGACAGCUCUAGAUGUGCCCCUGGAGGAGGAGAUGAUGAAGGAGGAUGCAUGCUGUGAGCCUGCUGUCAUGGACAGUGAAGACAUGUUGUUUCUUCUCUACACAUCAGGCAGUACUGGCAAACCCAAGGGCUUGGUUCAUUCCCAAGCUGGUUACUUGCUGUUUGCUGCUCUAACACACAAGUAUGUGUUCAACUACCAGGACAGAGACAUCUUUGGCUGUGUGGCAGACAUCGGCUGGAUCACGGGACACACCUAUGUGGUCUACGGGCCCCUCUGCAAUGGUGGUACCACUGUCCUUUUUGAGAGCACUCCUGUCUAUCCUAACCCUGGCCGCUACUGGGAAACAGUAGAGAGGUUAAGAAUUAACCAGUUCUACGGGGCGCCCACUGCCAUCCGCCUGCUCCUGAGAUACGGUGAUGAAUGGGUGAAGAAGUAUGACCGCUCUUCUCUUAAACUGCUUGGCUCAGUGGGGGAACCCAUCAACAAGGAGGCGUGGGAAUGGUACUUCCACGUGGUCGGCGAGACACGAUGCCCGGUAGUGGACACUUGGUGGCAAACUGAAACAGGAGGCAUCUGUAUCUCACCCCGUCCUUCUAAUCCUGGGGCUGAAAUCCUUCCAGGCAUGGCUAUGAGACCCUUUUUUGGGAUCAGCCCCUCCCUCUUGGAUGCCAAGGGAAAUGUCCUUCUGGAAAAUGAUGUCUCUGGAGCUCUUUGCAUCUCACAAGCCUGGCCCGGUAUGGCACGAACCAUUUACAACGACCACAAGAGAUUUCUGGAAACUUACCUGACUCGUUAUCCAGGAUUUUUCUUCACUGGGGAUGGUGUGUAUCGUACCAGUGAGGGCUACUACCAGCUAACAGGACGGCUGGACGACAUCAUUAACAUCAGUGGACACCGACUGGGCACUGCAGAGGUGGAAGACAUUGUGACUCACCAUGUGGCAGUGGCAGAGUCUGCUGUCAUUGGCUACCCACAUGAGAUCAAGGGAGAAGGAGCCUAUGUGUUUGUUGUGCUGAAGAAAGACAGUGGCUACACACAGGAGACUCUUGCUGCCGAGCUACAGGAGCUCAUCUCAAAGAAGAUUGCUAAGUACGCAGCUCCAGAUUACGUUCAGGUCACACACCGGCUACCCAAGACACGCUCGGGUAAGAUUAUGCGUCGGGUGCUACGGAAAAUUGUGGAGGACAAGGCCAGUGAGCUUGGGGACCUAACUACCCUGGACGACCAUGAGGCUGUGCAGCAGAUCAUAGAGGGACACAAGCACCUUGUGGAGCAGCAGAAGCGCCACUAGCUUGGCUCUGUCAGCAGCCACCACCUCCUCCUUCACUGCAAAACCAGGGAACCAUCCAGAAAAGCCACUAAGCAAGUGGUGGCCAGUAAGUUCUCAGAUCAUACCUCCACUGCAGUCUUGGAGUGACCUCUCCACAAGAGACCCUCAAAACCUGUUUCCAUACACCCGUGUAGACAGAGGAAAGAACAUGAUUCAUCAUAGGCAGAAGAGUAAGGGGAAGGGAGACAAGCUGUUUCAUUCCAUGAAAGCAGAGAGCAAAAGGCCCUCCUUGAGAUUCCUUGUGCCUUGCAGUAGCUGCAGAGGUAGCAGCAGGCAGGAUGUCCAGCCCUGGACAGGGAUCCUACUCCUACCUCUGCUCUGCUCUUUAGCAAUAGUCUUGUCCAGGACCAUUGCUAACAUACAAAGAUCUCCUGCAAAGCAAACCCCAGAAAGAAAACACACAACAGUUCGGUUAACAAAUAUUGACUUUUCUCCAUAAAAAGUUUGAAAACUGGCCACAGAUUUUAAUACAAAAAUGUUCCUUUCACCUGUAGCCAUGUGAGGAGAGCAGAGACAUGCCCCUUCUCUGUGCUAGCAUUCUCCUCCCCUUGCCUCCUGCUGGAAAACACAAUUCUCAACAGAGCCACGAGGUACAUAAAGCUUCUGCAGAGCUGUGUAUCAAAGACAGAGCUCCUAUCAAGGCAGAGGGCAAAAAAGAAGGCUGCAUUCUAGCCUCACACCAAUGUAUCCCAGACAAAGAGGGGAUAUUGUUUCUACAAGACCCACAAGGCAGCAUCUUCUCUCAUGGAGGCCUAGCAGCUCAGCUCCUGUCUCCCAUGAGAGCCAGGGAGGCAGAAGGAGGCUGGGAGAAGGAUGGCAUAGUUGUAUCUGCUCUUAGCAGAACUCCACACCAUGAGUUCAGACAUACUCUGUGUCUAUCGGCAAAAUCCAGAACUGGUCUUGCACUGUUUGACACAGCUGCUAGCUUGGCAGCUCCAUGUCUGCUAUUGAGAGCUCUUCCACACGUGUAUAGGUUCUAUGGCUGGCCAAACAAGGGCAUGCUUUUCAGUGUUCUUCCUCAGAGGGGAGUCGCUUCUUCUCACAUCGAGUAAGCUCCCAUCUUCCCUCCCCAUGAAGCUUCAAAAUCCAGCUGUGGAACUGCAAUUCAAUAGCACAACAUUGAGGCAUGUCUCUACAAGGGCAUGGUCCACCCACAGUGAGGUCCUCCAGCCUUAGUCACGCCCCUCUGCUCGCCAGAGACCCGCUCUACUUCACCAGCACGAGGGAGGCAUGGAACACUGCCUCCCUGUCUCACCUUUUCCAGGCUGGGUCUGUGUCCCACACUGAUCAGUGUCAUCCCCAGCUGAAGGCACACACGGUACAGUUCAUGUUCCACCUCUUCUGUCAAGGCGCUGGUGGCUUCAUCUAACACUGAAACAGAAGUCAUAAGCCCCACAAAUCCUCUCCCAACCAGACAUCUGCAGGCAAGAGCAGCAACUCCCAAGAGCAUUUCACAUAUUAACUGGAGUUCACCAAGAGCAUCUGCAGAAGGCAAGUGAGGAGAAACCUAAAGACUCUGGUAUUCCUCUGGCAUAACUGGUGUCAGGCAACUAGGAAAGCUGUCCUUCCCCUCAACUACUUGAAUCCAUCCAAACCACACCGUUCACCUCACUCCUCCCUCAACAGCUGCCAGCCACUGCCUCAUCCUCAUCAUGGCAAAAGCCAAGACAUGACCUUCUCCAGGCAGACCACAUGCCAGAGUACCAGGCUGAACAACAAGUCAGUGUACUCUUCCAGCACAGACUCUACAUGGAGCAUGUAGGAUGGCCUGUGGCACCUUCCUGACUAUUAAGGGUAAAUACUACAGACCUGGAGCAAAUAAAUUCAAAUAAUCUCUACAGCUUUUAGUUUGCAAUCCACAGGUUCCAUCUGCCCAGACAUCACUGAGCUGUGCCACAGGCUUCAGGUGAAAGAGAGGUACUUACAUGUAGCUACCUGCUACCAAAACUGGCUCUGUUCACCCACCUCCAACCUGGCUUUCAUGGCAAGUCCUCCAACAGCUCAAGCCCCCAGCAGAGCCUAAGGAAUUCUUUUGCUACAUUUUUGCUUCUUUUGCUACAUCAGGGCUAAACCUUCCAUAUUGUCCCAAAACGAUACGGCCAUUCAUGAGCUUCAGAUAUGACAGCUGCUGCCACAUUCCCUAACACAUGCACUUCUUUAAAUGGCAACUGGUGAGCAGGCUGACAGAGUUCUUCUGGUGCCAUUGGACAUGGACCAUGAACAUUAAUCAUCAGUUCCCCAAGAAGAAAAUGCCUUAUGUACAGCCUCUUGAUAUACCACCCUCCACACAAAUAAUGAAACGUUUUCACGUUUCACAAAUGAA